UGUUUUCCUACUCUAUCUGAGCAGGACUUAGUGAUUCCAGACCAGUCCAGAUGGAGACGGAAGCAGAAUGUAUCCGACCUGUCUUUUUGUACCUGCCACUUGCUUCGUUUUGACUCUGAGGAACUGUCUUGUUUUAAAGAGAAUGGUGCAAAGAGACUCCAGAGUAAUGGGACGUAGAAUUGCUUUGGUUCUGAUCAUCUUAACCUUUGUAAGACAAAAUUUUAAAUUAGCUUGCGAGGACUUCAGCUUUCUCCAGCUUCCUACAGACUAAACUGGAAAUAAUCCAAUUGUCCAUCUGGUGACUGGAUAAACAACCUGGACUCUGUCAGUAGAAGGAACUACUACCCAGCAAUCAAGAAGAAUGAACUACUUACUGAUGAGGACCCUGGUAUACCAGACUGGAUGCGUCUUCUGUGAUUGGUUUCGUCUUGCACCAGAGAAGUCCAGGGAUGAUAUAUUCUUGGGUUGUAUUUCUGCACCUCAGAAUCAGCUGCUUCAAUGCAGAAACCCUGACUCUUUGCUUACUGGGACACACAUAACCUCAAUGAACAUCUGCUGGACAGUUGCGGCUGUGAUCCUCGGCUGUCCGUUGGCAUUGAAGAGACCUGAUGUUUUACGUUAUUGGUGGAAUCACAGUGUCUGUGCUUGCAUUCUUCUUCACAAUUAAGUUCCUCCUUGAGCUUGCCGCACGUGUAGUCAGCUUUCUUCAGAAUGAAGACCGUGAGCGCCGCGGGGACCGGACCAUUUAUGACUACGUGCGGGGAAAUUACCUGGAUCCCCGGUCCUGCAAAGUGUCCUGGGAUUGGAAGGACCCCUAUGAGGUGGGCCACAGCAUGGCCUUCCGAGUGCAUUUGUUCUAUAAGAACGGACAGCCUUUCCCCGCACAUCGGCCUGUGGGACUGCGAGUUCACAUCUCUCACACCGAACUAGCCGUGGAAAUUCCAGUGACCCAGGAAGUCCUCCAGGAGCCAAAGUCCAACGUGGUAAAGGUGGCCUUCACUGUGCGCAAGGCUGGGCGUUACGAGAUCACCGUGAAGCUCGGUGGAUUAAAUGUGGCCUAUAGUCCCUACUACAAAAUUUUUCAGCCUGGAAUGGUGGUUCCUUCCAAAACCAAAAUUGUGUGCCAUUUUUCUACUCUUGUGUUGACCUGUGGUCAACCACACACUCUGCAAAUAGUGCCCCGAGAUGAGUAUGACAACCCAACCAACAAUUCCACGUCCCUGAGAGAUGAGCACAAUUACAGCUUGUCCAUUCAUGAGCUCGGCGCUCAAGAAGGAGAGAAUAAUGAGGUCUCGUUUGAGAAGUCGGUGACGUCCAACCGGCAGACAUGCCAGGUGUUCCUGCGGCUCACCCUACACUCUCGAGGUUGCUUCCAUGCCUGCAUCUCAUACCAGAACCAACCCAUCAAUAAUGGCGAAUUUGACAUCAUAGUCCUUAGUGAGAAUGAGAAGAAUAUUGUUGAACGAAAUGUGUCCACCUCAGGAGUGAGCAUUUACUUUGAGGCUUACCUUUAUAACACCAACAGCUGCACAAGCACGCCGUGGCAUCUCCCUCCCAUGCACAUGAGUUCCUCUCAGCGCCGGCCCUCCACCGCUGUUGAGGAGGACGAAGAAGACUCGCCCUCAGAGUGCCACACCCCCGAGAAGGUGAAGAAACCCAAGAAGGUGUACUGCUAUGUGUCACCAAAGCAAUUCUCCGUGAAGGAAUUCUACCUGAAAAUCAUCCCCUGGCGCCUCUACACCUUCCGAGUGUGCCCUGGAACAAAGUUUUCAUAUCUUGGCCCUGAUCCUGUUCACAAGCUCCUCACACUGGUGGUGGAUGAUGGUAUUCAGCCUCCCGUGGAGCUCAGCUGCAAGGAAAGGAACAUUCUAGCUGCCACUUUCAUCCGCUCCCUGCACAAGAACAUUGGAGGCUCUGAGACCUUUCAAGACAAGGUGAACUUUUUCCAGCGAGAGCUUCGGCAGGUACAUGUGAAGAGACCUCAUUCCAAAGUCACCCUGAAGGUCAGCAGACACGCCUUGUUGGAAUCAUCUUUGAAGGCCACUCGGAACUUUUCCAUCUCAGAUUGGAGCAAGAACUUUGAAGUGGUUUUCCAGGAUGAAGAAGCUUUGGAUUGGGGAGGGCCUCGCCGGGAGUGGUUUGAGCUGAUCUGCAAAGCCCUGUUUGACACCACCAGUCAGCUCUUUACCCGGUUCAGUGACAACAACCAAGCGCUAGUGCAUCCUAACCCUAAUCGCCCGGCUCACCUGCGCUUGAAGAUGUAUGAGUUUGCAGGGCGGCUGGUGGGCAAGUGUUUGUAUGAGUCCUCUCUAGGAGGAGCUUACAAGCAAUUGGUCCGUGCCCGUUUCACUCGGUCUUUCCUGGCCCAAAUCAUUGGACUCCGUAUGCAUUACAAGUACUUUGAAACAGACGACCCAGAAUUCUACAAGUCCAAAGUUUGCUUUAUCCUCCACAAUGACAUGAGUGAGAUGGAGCUGGUCUUUGCAGAAGAAAAAUACAACAAAUCAGGUCAACUGGAUAAGGUUGUAGAACUCAUGACAGGUGGAGCUCAAACCCCAGUCACCAAUGCAAAUAAAAUCUUCUACUUGAACUUGCUAGCCCAGUAUCGGCUGGCCAGUCAAGUGAAAGAGGAGGUGGAGCAUUUCCUAAAAGGCUUGAAUGAGUUGGUUCCUGAGAACCUCUUGGCUAUUUUUGAUGAGAAUGAGCUUGAGCUGCUGAUGUGUGGGACUGGAGACAUCAGUGUAGCUGACUUCAAAGCCCAUGCUGUAGUGGUUGAUGGCUCCUGGCAUUUCAGAGAAAAGGUCAUGAGGUGGUUUUGGACUGUGGUUUCCAGUCUGACCCAGGAGGAAUUGGCUCGGCUACUUCAGUUCACAACAGGCUCCUCUCAGCUUCCGCCUGGAGGCUUUGCUGCCCUCUGUCCCUCAUUUCAGAUUAUCGCUGCUCCGACCCACAGCACUCUUCCUACUGCACACACAUGUUUUAACCAACUGUGCCUCCCUACAUAUGACUCAUAUGAAGAGGUACACAGGAUGCUGCAGCUGGCCAUCAGUGAGGGUUGCGAGGGCUUUGGCAUGCUCUGACCGCUCCUCUGUCACCUGCUUGGCUCAUACUCUCUAGAGCAUCUGGACACAUGUUACCAAGCAUAACCACUGACCUUAACACACAUACCCAUUAGCCAGGAGAGACUGCAUGCUCCCGUGUGUCUGGAGUAUUCUGCCAUCUACAAGCAUUGUUCUUACCUCACCCGCUCUGUGUCCACAUUUACCACAGGCCAUUUGGGCACGUGGUACCUAUCUGAACACCACUCAGUCAUGAGAAAAGGACCAUGCUGCUGUCAUUUCAUUUGGUCCUUUGAAGAUCUCUGUAGCUGGAUCUGCCUCAGUGUCUGGGAGAGAUGGAUGACAUGGAGGACUCAAUUCUGUUGGAAAGCUGGCAUGCUGAGACCCUUAAGCAAUGCCUUGUUCCAGCACCCUCUGCUCUUUGGAAAUCCCUUCUUGAUCUCACUACUUGACCAGACUGGUACAUGAUCCCUUCUCCUGGACAACCCAUCACCUCUUCUCAUCAGUAGCCAGGAGAAGCACAGAUAGAAAGUGGCCGGCACAGGCCAUAGCACUGAUGGGGACUGAUGGUACUGCAGGUCUCUGUGGUGACAACUGGAGAAGACACUCCUGGGGGGCAUUUUUGAAGAUGAUCAUCACUCCAUAAAGACUGUGCUAAGCUUUCUCCUGAGCUUGAGCCGGUGAGAAAAGUGGUGAGAAGAAUGUAAAGGUGGCUGUGCUGUGGCCUCCCGUGCUGGCUGCACUUCUCUCGGGGACGGCUUGAAGACUACUGAUGCUUUUCUCUGAGCUUGCUGUUUGCACUGACGGACGGCGCGGCAUGACCACUGAUCUCCAGUUUAUGUGGUCUGUUAAGAGCUGUCUUUAACACUCCGCUGGAAGAAUUUUGGGAGCAAAGGACUGGGACAGUAAACAUAGGUUGCCAACUC